AUGUACUCGGAACCAUCCUCCGAAAACCCGUUAAACGCGUGCACGUUUUGCGGCCGCCAACAGCUCAACAGUCGAGAGUACAAUCACAUUCGAGACACGUUGCAUCAGCUCUCCCCGGCGGAGUUGGAAAAUCGCGGGUUUUGUUUCGUCUGCUUGAACGAACAAAACAUACUCUGGCAACUCAUCACCGACCACGACGACAUAUUCCAAACGCACAUCGUGUGCAAACUGAACGGCGCAGAUUUGAAGUUCUUGAACCAAGCGAACAGCGAAAGCAGAGAGGCGAUGAAGAGGAGCAAAAACGUCGCGUCCGUUCCCGGGAAGUUUAAUGUGGGCGAGUUCUCGUCGAAAGAAACGCUCGAGUGGGCGUGGCAGCGAUGGACGCGAGAAGAGGAGGAGUUCUGCUCUUUAGUGUGCGAGAUUAACGAUUUGGAGUUGCUGAAAUGGGCGAGAGAGGAAAAACAGUGCAGGUGGGACGCGACGACGUCGUGGGAAGCGGCGAGUAAAGGGAACAUGAAGACGUUGAACUACUUGUGCGAGGAAAAUUGUCCGAUGGACGAAAAGACGUGCGCGGAGGCGGCGGAGAACGGACACUGGGAAGUGUUGAAGUUUUUGAGAGAGAAGAAGAAGGUGCCGUGGGAUCACAACACGACGAGCGCGGCGGCCGCGGAAGGGAACUUUGAGAUGUUGAAGUGGUGCAGGCAAAGAGAAUGUCCGUGGAACAUCGGAACUUCGCGAGGCGCGUGUCAAAGCGGCCACUUGGAAAUGUUGAAAUGGGCGAUGGCGAACGGUUGCAUGGCGAACGAGACGACCACGAGCGAAGCGGCAGAGUAUGGACAGUUGCAGUGCUUGAUUUUCUUACGAUCGCAAGGCGUCAACUGGGAUUACCGCACGUGCAAGAUGGCCAUGAAGCACGGUCACCGCGACGUCUACGAGUACGCCGUGGAAAACGGGUGCCCGACGCAAGCGCCGGAACCGACGGCGACGCAUCAUCACCACCCACACCACCACCAUUUCCACCAUAUCUUGGGCGGUGGUCCAGGGGGAGGUUUAGGAGGCGGUCCAGGCGCAAAUGGCGGCGGUCCCGCCCCGGGAGGACACAUGCAAAUGUUGCAACAACAACAAGCCGCCGCCGCGAUCGCCGCCGCGCAACAACAACAGCAAGAACAAGAUGAAAUGGAACUCGAGGAGUGGGAAGCAGAACUUCAUUGA